AUGGCUAUACCAACAUCAACAUUUGCAGCCGAGGGUCUCGCCAGAACUAUUCGAGUAGCAAUUAGACAAACGACAGAAGCCGUUACAAGUGCUCCGACAGCCACCGGCGUGGACUUCUUGACUACAGAACAUAUCACUAUCGACGGAUUCACCAAUGCUCACGCAACGAACCCUGCAAAGACGAUAGACGUCGUAAUACCCACAUGUAUCCAGACUAUAGAACCAGACGCCAAUGGAUAUCUACCUCCGGGAACAUGCCAUGCUCUUUGGGACUACUACCCAAGCUUCUCGGCCGCCAUGGCCUUUACAAUUAUCUUCGGAUUGUUGACGGUUGCUCAUCUAUACCAAAGCAUAGCGUAUAGGAAGAAAUUCUGCUGGGUUAUCGUGAUGGCUAGUUUCUGGGAAACCAUGGCCUACCUGUUCCGCACCGUCAGCACUCGUUACCAGUCGAACACAGCUAUAUACCUAGUAUUCCAAAUCUUCAUUCUGCUGUCGCCGUUAUGGGUAAACGCUUUCGACUACAUGGUCCUCGGCCGGAUGAUUUACUUCUUUGCCCCUUCGCGUAAGGUAUUCGGCAUACCAGCGCCAACAUUAGCUGCGGCUUUCGUUACUUUCGACUUCGUCGCCUUCUGCAUACAGCUCGCGGGCGGUUCCAUGGCAGGUCCAACUGCACCCGAAGACGAACAAUUGAGGGCCAUUCACAUAUAUAUGGGCGGUAUUGGGCUACAGCAAUUUUUCAUCGUCGUGUUCGUCGCGUUCGCGGUCAAGUUCCAGUUGGAUAUGCGCAAUGUGAAUCCUCCCAGGAAUUUACAGACUAGUUGGAGGUCUGGCUGGCGCCCGCUGCUGCUUACGCUGUAUGCAUCUUUAACGUGCAUUACUAUUCGCAUUAUAUUUCGAUUAGUUGAAUUUUCGUCUGGGUCAACUGGAGUAUCUAAUCCUUUAUUGACCAACGAAACAUACUUUUAUGUUCUUGAAGCCAUGCUAAUGCUUCUAGCUAUUCUCUCAUUCAACGUUAUCCAUCCGGGGACUGUCUUAGUCGGACCGGAGUCUGAAAUGCCCGGGUUCUUUUCUACGUGCACGGGCUUCUUUCGGAGAAGAAAGGAGUUCAAGAGGUUGGACGAGUCUGAUAAUGAGAUGUCUAUCUUACGGGCGUAA